AUGUCGUGUUUUCCCUUAUUUAUUAGAUAUAGCACAAGGUACAAAGGUUAUUGUUGUUUGGAUCCAACUACUAAUCGUAUUUACACAACAAGACAUGCUCAAUUUGAUGAACACAUCUUCCCAUUUGCUGACAGCUCUUCUUCAUCUGAUUUAAAUUUACUUGCCUUCACUUCAUUUGAUGAACCACUCAGUUCAUCCCCAACUCAGCCGCAAUCAGACAACUCCAGUCCUUAUGAGGAUUCUCCUAUGACUCUGCAUCACUACUGCUCCCUUUGUCCGCCAGUAGCUCCCUCACCGGUAGCCGAAACUGCUGCUACUGAUGCCUCAUCUAUGAUGCCAGAAUCAUCAAUGUUCGACUCCUCUACACCACAACCCACUCCCUUCAGGUCAUCAACUCCCUCACAACCUAUAGUUCCUUCAACACAUCCCAUGAUCACGAGGGUUCCAUCUUCACGAAAUGCAUUGAAAAUUCUGAUGACGGCACUACUCACCCGAUUCCGGCAACCUCCACAUUUUUAA